GCUCGGCACCGAGCCCCAGCCCGGGAGCCGCCGCGGAGCGGAGCCCGCCCGGCGCUCUCGCCGCAGCAGCAGCCGUCGUUCCAAGGGAGGAGGCAUUACCCUGGCCGAAGGCACAGCUUUCUCUCCAUGCUUCUCUAGAGGUGCUCAGAUGGGAUUAAAGUCCACAUGGAGAUAUGGAAAUGGACCAGGGAUUUACUCUAAAAAGAUGGUCAGCUGGGAUUCGGGUUGCCUUAUCUGCCUGGUGGUGGUCACCAUGGCUGGACUUUCCCUGGCUCGACCUUCAUUUAAUUUAGUUGUUGAAGACACCACGGUGGAACCCGAAGAGCCGCCAACCAAAUACCAAAUCUCUCAGCCAGAUGUUUACUCAGCACUUCCAGGAGAGACGCUUGAGUUGCGCUGUCAAUUGAGAGACGCCGUCAUGAUCAGUUGGACUAAGGAUGGGCUCCCUUUGGGGCCUGACAAUAGGACAGUGAUUAUUGGGGAGUACUUACAAAUUAAGGAUGCCACAGCCAGAGAUUCGGGCCUCUAUGCUUGCACUGCUGUUAGGACCCUAGACAGUGAUACUCUGUACUUCAUUGUAAAUGUUACAGAUGCUCUUUCCUCUGGGGAUGAUGAAGACGACAAUGAUGGGUCCGAGGACUUUGUGAAUGACAGCAACCAGAUGAGGGCACCUUACUGGACGCACACGGACAAGAUGGAGAAGAGGCUCCACGCCGUGCCGGCCGCCAACACCGUCAAGUUCCGCUGCCCAGCCAUGGGCAACCCAACGCCGACCAUGCGCUGGCUGAAGAACGGGAAGGAGUUCAAGCAGGAGCAUCGCAUUGGUGGCUACAAGGUCCGUAACCAGCACUGGAGCCUCAUCAUGGAGAGCGUGGUGCCGUCGGACAAGGGGAACUACACGUGCAUCGUGGAGAACCAGUACGGCUCCAUCAACCACACCUACCACCUGGACGUGGUUGAGCGCUCCCCGCACCGGCCCAUCCUGCAGGCGGGGCUCCCCGCCAACGCCUCCGCCGUGGUCGGGGGAGAUGUGGAGUUUGUCUGCAAGGUCUACAGCGAUGCCCAGCCCCACAUCCAGUGGAUAAAGCACGUGGAGAAGAAUGGCAGUAAAUACGGGCCAGAUGGGCUCCCUUAUCUCCAGGUUUUAAAGGCUGCCGGUGUUAACACCACGGACAAAGAGAUUGAGGUUCUCUAUAUACGGAAUGUAACUUUUGAGGAUGCUGGGGAGUAUACAUGCUUGGCGGGUAAUUCUAUUGGGAUAUCCUUUCACACUGCAUGGUUGACAGUUCUGCCAGCUCCUGAGAAGGAAAAGGAAUACCCAACCUCUCCAGACUACCUGGAAAUAGCAAUUUACUGCAUAGGGGUGUUCCUGAUAGCCUGCAUGGUGCUGACAGUGAUCAUGUGCCGCAUGAAGAGCACCACCAAGAAGCCGGAUUUCAGCAGCCAGCCCGCCGUCCACAAGCUGACCAAGCGAAUCCCCCUGCGCAGACAGGUAACAGUGUCGGCCGACUCGAGCUCCUCCAUGAACUCCAACACGCCCCUGGUGAGGAUCACCACCCGCCUCUCCUCCACUGCUGAUGCCCCCAUGCUGGCAGGAGUCUCGGAGUAUGAACUGCCAGAAGACCCAAAGUGGGAGUUCCCAAGGGAUAAGCUGACGCUGGGCAAACCCCUGGGAGAAGGUUGCUUUGGCCAAGUGGUCAUGGCUGAAGCAGUGGGGAUUGACAAAGACAGGCCAAAAGAAGCAGUGACCGUGGCAGUGAAGAUGUUGAAAGAUGAUGCCACAGAAAAAGACCUGUCUGACCUGGUGUCAGAGAUGGAGAUGAUGAAGAUGAUUGGGAAGCAUAAAAAUAUCAUCAAUCUUCUUGGAGCCUGUACCCAGGAUGGUCCUUUGUAUGUGAUAGUGGAAUAUGCCUCCAAGGGGAACCUGCGGGAGUACCUGCGAGCGCGCCGCCCGCCCGGCAUGGAGUACUCCUUCGACAUCAACAGGGUGCCCGAGGAGCAGAUGACAUUCAAGGACCUGGUGUCCUGCACCUACCAGCUGGCACGAGGCAUGGAGUACCUGGCUUCCCAAAAAUGCAUCCAUCGAGACUUGGCCGCAAGAAACGUUUUGGUAACGGAAAACAAUGUCAUGAAAAUAGCAGACUUUGGUUUAGCCAGAGACAUCAACAAUAUAGAUUAUUAUAAAAAGACUACUAAUGGACGGCUUCCAGUAAAGUGGAUGGCUCCAGAAGCUCUGUUUGACAGAGUUUACACACAUCAAAGUGAUGUUUGGUCAUUUGGUGUGUUAAUGUGGGAGAUCUUCACCUUAGGAGGGUCACCCUACCCAGGAAUCCCAGUGGAGGAACUUUUUAAGCUGCUUAAAGAAGGGCACCGGAUGGAUAAACCUGCCAACUGCACCAACGAGCUCUAUAUGAUGAUGAGAGAUUGCUGGCAUGCUGUGCCUUCUCACAGACCCACUUUCAAACAGUUGGUGGAGGACUUGGAUCGGAUUCUCACUCUCACAACUAAUGAGGAGUAUCUGGACCUCAGUGGGCCUCUGGAACAGUAUUCACCCAGCUACCCCGACACGAGGAGCUCGUGUUCCUCGGGGGACGACUCCGUGUUCUCCCCAGACCCGAUGCCUUACGAACCUUGUCUCCCCAAGUACCAGCACAUGAACGGGAGUGUGAAAACAUGAAAAGAGGAGCAAAAGAGGCAAGAGCACCAAGCUACCUACCGUAUGCAAAGCUAAAGCUUUCCUCCAGGACCUUCAUGUUUCUGCUUGUACAUAGGAGAUGCGGAGAAAAAAAAUAAAGAGAGAGGAAAAAAGGAAAAAAAAAACAACAAUUUGGAGGAAAUCUACAUAAAGAUUCUCAUCACUUGCAGCUUUCAGGUGUUCCCAAGAAAGAAGAAUGUUUAUGAGCUGUGUCUAGAUACCCAUUGCUAUCAAUUUUCUGGCUUCCUGUGAGCUGCAACAGACUUUGUUUGUACAAUGGACCAGUUGGACUUGAGGCAAACUCUGGGUCUGCCUUUCUUGUUUAUUUUGUAAUAUUUGGAGAAAAUAUAUGUUGGCACACACUUACAGAGCACAAAUGCAGUAUAUAGGUGCUGGAUGUAUGUAAAUAUAUUCAAAAAUAUGUAUAAAUAUAUAUUAUAUAUAUUUACAAUGAAUUAUUUUUUGUAUUGAUUUAAAAAAUGGAUGUCCCAAUCCACCUAGCAAAUUAGUCUCUUUUUUAACAGCUAUUUGCUAAAUGCUGUUCUUACACAGAAUUUCUUAAUUUUCACCAUCCAAAGGUGGAAAAUACUUUGCUUUCAGGGAAAAUGGUAUAUCAUUAAUUUAUUAACUAAUUGGUAAUGUACAAAACAGUUAAUCGUUUAUAGGGUUGUUGUGUUUUUGUAAUUUAAAUGGCAUUUCUAUGCAGGCAGCACAGAGGACUAGUAGAUAUAUUGCUCAGACUUUACUAGUUUUCAGAUCUUUAAGAAAAGAAAUAUUUACAGUAUAUAACUAAUUUGGGGAAAUUAAACUUUUGAUUUAUUUGUGUUUAAAAACUGCAGUGUCAGCUGAUUAUUCUUAUCACAACCAAAUCCUUUAACAAGAAAGUCUUUUUCCUUUAAGGUCCAAAAAGCAGAGUCGUUCCACUCCAAAAUAAAGAAAAUAAA